AGGCGGCGGCGGCGGCGGCGCGCGGCAGCCGGAGCGAUGCUGCGCGUGCGGUGCCUGCGCGGGGGCAGCCGCGGAGCCGAGGCGGUGCACUACAUCGGGUCGCGGCUUGGAAGAUCACUUACCGGAUGGGUGCAGCGAACUUUCCAGAGCACCCAGGCAGCUACAGCCUCUGAGGCUUCCUGUGCUGCUGAUGACAAUAAGGCCACCGAUCCUCUUCUGAGUGACUGCCCUGUUUGCUCAUACAAUGAAUGGGACCCACUGGAGGAAGUAAUUGUAGGGAGAGCUGAAAAUGCACGUGUCCCUCCUUUUUCUGUGGAGGUUAAGGCCAACACAUAUGAAAAGUAUUGGGGAUUCUACCAGCAGUUUGGAGGCCAGAGCUUCCCCAAAGAUCACUUAAAAAAAGCUGUUGCUGAAAUUGAAGAAAUGUGCAAUAUUCUGAAAAUGGAAGGAGUCAUUGUGAAGAGGCCUGAGCCAAUUGACUGGUCAGUCAAAUAUAAAACACCUGACUUUGAGUCUACAGGUAUGUAUGCUGCCAUGCCAAGAGACAUCCUGUUGGUAGUUGGAAAUGAAAUUAUUGAGGCUCCGAUGGCCUGGCGAGCUCGUUUCUUUGAAUAUAGAGCAUACCGGCCAAUCAUCAAGGAGUACUUCAACCGUGGGGCCAAGUGGACAACUGCACCCAAGCCCACAAUGGCAGAUGAACUCUAUGACCAGGAUUAUCCCAUCCGCUCUGUUGAAGAUAGACAUAAGCUGGCUGCUCAGGGAAAAUUUGUGACCACUGAAUAUGAGCCAUGCUUUGAUGCUGCUGACUUUAUUAGAGCUGGAAGAGAUCUUUUUGUACAAAGAAGCCAGGUUACUAACUACAUGGGCAUUGAGUGGAUGCGGAGACAUCUGGCACCUGAAUAUAGAGUACACAUCAUCUCUUUUAAAGAUCCUAAUCCUAUGCACAUUGAUGCCACAUUUAAUAUCAUUGGACCUGGCCUUGUGCUGUCCAACCCAGAUCGUCCAUGCCAACAGAUUGAACUCUUCAAAAAGGCAGGCUGGACAGUGGUUCAGCCCCCACUUCCACUCAUCCCAGAUGGACACCCACUGUGGAUGUCUUCUAAAUGGCUCUCCAUGAAUGUCUUAAUGCUGGAUGAAAAACGUGUGAUGGUGGAUGCCAAUGAGACUUCCAUUCAGAAGAUGUUUGAAAAUCUAGGCAUUUCUACAGUUAAAGUGAAUAUUCGCCAUGCCAAUUCCUUGGGAGGUGGUUUCCAUUGCUGGACGUGUGAUGUCCGCCGCCGUGGCACCCUGCAAUCUUAUUUUGACUAGUCAUUAGCCAAAUAAACAGUUGCAAAAUUUGAGAAACGUGCUUAGGAAACAAAUAAGUAAGUUUUUGCAUUCUCCUAAAAUAAGUGCAUGAGCUACAGUGCUUGAGCAAUGGUGUCCCUAUGGCGGUAUAGUGACAGUUGAUUCUUCCUCCACUCUCUACACUAAAUACAUGCAGCUGAAACUAUUGAUCAGCACAACAGGAUUUCUGGCUGGCUUUUUUGAAAGAAUUCCUCUAUUCAUCUGAAGCCACCUUCAGGUGGCUUCAAAUGUAAAAACUUGACAGUACAUCGAAGGCUCUUGCUAGAAUAGCUUGGCCACUAAUAUUAGCCAUCUACCUCUAUUUUUUAAUAUUCUAUCAAAAAGGCAGCUUGAAAUGUUAGACUCAAGUUUAACAUUUACUUUUUUUUUUUCUAAUCUGUUUACUGCUGUAGCAUAGCAUGUUUUUUUAAUGCUGAUAAAACAGCCCUAACUUUACAGAUCUCGUAUGGAACCAAGUACUUGCAUCUUUAUAACACUUUUACAUUAGUUGGACUAUGCAGAUAUUUAGGGGAAAUUCUUCUGAAUUAUUUUAAUUCUCGGCUCUAAUUUUAAUAAAUGUCACUUUUCUUUGGUACAAAAGGUUUUACUGUUUUUGCCUAUUACAAGCAUUUUACCCAAGUGUACCGUGCAUUGUCGAACGCCUUUUAUAUACAACCGUUAAUUGUAUGAAAAGUAGUUGGGAUGCUAGGUCUGCAAAUUUCAUGGUGUGAAAUUGCUUACAUAAAAAUGCAAGUUUUUCUUAAACCAUAGCAGCUGCUUGAGAGAUUUGUAAUGACAGCACCUCUGAUGCUGUGAAACAGUUUUAAUGUUGAUUACUGGACCUGUAUUUUUUAUGCUAAUAAACUUUUUGCAUUCACAA